AUGACUAUUAUUACUGUAAGAGAAGACCCAUUUCACUACACGACGACAACGAGGGUGUCUGAGCGCAAGGCCUACCAAGUGAGAGAGCACACGUGGUGCUUCAACAUCCCACCAAGGUGCUCGAAGUACAAGUUGAACUUCAAGACUGUCUACAAGAUUCAAACUCUUGUGAAAACCAGGCAAGUACAAGACUGCUGUCAUGGUUACACAAAAAGCUCAGCAGGUGACAAAUGCAUUGCCGUCUGUUCUGCCAAGUGUCUAUAUGGGACAUGCGUUGCUCCUGAUACAUGCCAGUGCUCCCGUGGUUAUGGCGGACCCAUCUGUAAUGUGUCAUGCCCGAUGGGCCACUGGGGGCCAGAUUGCCAGGACCUGUGCCAGUGUCGCAACAACGCGAGCUGUGACCCAUACGAUGGGACGUGCCACUGCCCGCGGGGCUGGCGCGGCAAGUUCUGUGACGAGGAGUGCCCACCCUCUCACUACGGCCAGGACUGCAGCGAGGAGUGCCGCUGCCAGAAUGGCAGCUCCUGCCACCACAUCUCGGGUGCCUGCCACUGUGCGCCCGGCUGGACCGGCCCCCUGUGCCAGGAACCUUGUGCAGAAGGCAAGCAUGGGGAAGACUGUGAGUUGGACUGCCACUGCCAGAAUGGUGGGAUCUGCAACCACACAUCUCACCAGUGCUACUGCGCCUCCGGAUGGACCGGUCCAGUGUGUGCCAACCGCUGUCCUGCCGGGCUGUGGGGCCGCAACUGCAGCGAGAGGUGUGACUGCUUCAACGGAGCCUCCUGCCACCGCAUCACCGGCGCCUGCAAGUGUGCGCCUGGUUUCAGGGGAGACAGGUGCAUGGAGACUUGCCCAGUGGGGAUGUUCGGUGCCAACUGUUCCCAGAACUGCAUCUGCAGCAAUGGCAUGCAGUGCUCAGCUGUCGACGGUUCCUGUAAGUGCCCGGAUGGCUGGAAGGGCACCAACUGCUCCCAGCGGGCAUGUCCUGAGGGGUGGUUUGGGCCAGGCUGCAAGAGUGUCUGCGAAUGUGACCCCCACAACACUGAAAUGUGCCAUCCAUGGACGGGACUAUGUGUCUGCAAGGCAGGCUGGGAUGGCAAGAAGUGUUCGCGGCCAUGCCCACUCCUCAUGUACGGGAAGGGCUGUAGCCGACAGUGCGACUGCCAAAAUGAUGCCCUGUGCUCACCUGUCAACGGAAUGUGCAUCUGUGCCCCAGGCUUUAGGGGGAUCAAUUGCAGUGAACGCUGCCCUGUUAGCACUUUUGGUCAGGACUGUGCACAUCGCUGCAACUGCAAGAACGGUGCCACAUGCUUACCAGAAAGUGGUCGUUGUAUCUGCAUGCCAGGGUGGGAUGGCAUGCAGUGUGACCGCCCCUGCAGCCAGGAGAAAUAUGGUAAGAACUGCUCUCAGAAGUGCCACUGCCAGAAUGGUGCUGCCUGCGACCCACAGAAAGGUACGUGCACGUGCCGCCCCGGCUACGUGGGGGAGUUGUGCGAGCAACCCUGUGACUCGGGCUGGUUUGGCCUCGGUUGUACACAGCUGUGCCAGUGCCACAGCAACAACAGCAUUAGCUGUGACCCAGAGACCGGCCGCUGCAUCUGCAAGCCUGAGUGGAAGGGUAUGAGCUGCGAGACCCAGUGCGAGGAUGGCAGCUAUGGGGAGAACUGCUCGGAGACAUGUCUCUGCCACAACAACAGCUCUUGUGACCUGCAGACUGGGGAGUGUGUGUGUGCAGCUGGCUGGGAUGGCCCCAACUGCACGCAGCGCUGUGAUCCCGGCUUCUACGGCCUGGGAUGCAGGCAGAAGUGCCCUGAGCCCAUAUUAGGUAUUAGUGCAUGUGACCCCAUUACUGGGCAGUACUUGUGCAACCCAGGCAUUACAGGGCUCACCUGUGAACAUAUGUGCCCAGUCGGUACAUACGGCCUGAACUGCCAGAAUAAAUGUGCCUGUGAGAAUGGCUUAGAAUGUCACCAUGUUACAGGACAGUGCCAUUGCCCACCCGGCUGGUUGGGGAGCGACUGUUCAGAGAGGUGCCCAGAGGACACGUACGGCACAGACUGCAGUCAGCGCUGCAUGUGCCAGAAUGGCGGGAAGUGCCGCGGCAGCGAUGGAGUAUGUAACUGUGCUGCCGGUUGGAUGGGCAAGCACUGCACACAAGUCUGCCCUGAAGGCUAUUAUGGUGAUCAUUGCAUGGAACUGUGUGAAUGCAAGAAUGAGAACUUCACUUGUCAUCCAGUCGACGGUUGUGUGUGCCGGCAUGCAUUCACAGGUCCCGACUGUGACAUCCCACUGAGCCAGCAGCAGGAGCAGGAGAUAGUCAGCUACAGGGGCAUCAUGGCCGGCAUCGUCACAUUGCUCAUUCUGGUCGCCGUCACAGUUGGGCUGCUCUUCUACUUCCAGCGGCGUGUCCACAACCUGAAGACUGAGAUUGCACAAGUGCAGUACAAUGCGGACCCACAGAGAGUGCCAGACAGACACAACAUCGACAAUCCGCUGUAUUCGUACCAGAUGAGUCCAUCCACAGUGAAAGAUGGAGCUGGAUCUCUCCUGAACAAUGUGCACCAGAUUCACAAUGACUUUGGCUACAAGUACAACACAACCAAGAUCCAGCUGCAAAAACUGGGAUGUGAGGGAUGUACCGUUGACAAUGGAGAUUCGGGCAGCUGCACAGGUGCCAACAGACUAUCAUAUGACUAUCCAGUGUUGACGAAGAACAAUGAUGCAGUUGUAAGUAACCCCAAUGUGAAUGUUUACAACAGUAUUGAAGAUCUGCAUGUUUAUGAUGAAAUUAAACAGAAAGGAGGUCAAGACAUGGAGUAUGAUCAUCUGGACCACAAGAGAGCAGCAAGCUCGUUGAAACCGAACUACCACAGGAUGACCAAAGCUCUUGGACCCCAAAAAGAUCGAAAUGCUCCUGACAGCAAGCCUUCCAAGUCAUCGGCCUGAGUGCGGGCAUAU